CCAAACUUGGCCAUCAUCGUCUAUAAGCAAAGCAGCUCAAAUCAAAACCAUAUAUAUUUAUAUAUAUUCUUUCAUUAAUCUUUUAUACACUUCUAAUUACUGUCUACUUCUCUAACUAAUAAGCCGCGGCCCAUAUUAAAACGUACUUGCCAUGACUACUCCAGACUUGAAGAACGGAAGCGAAGAUAUUGUUCGUCCAAUUGUCAAUUUCUCCCCUAGUCUAUGGGGAGAUCGCUUCUAUUCCUUCUCCAUCGACAAUCAGAUAGCACAAGCAUAUGAAAAAGAGAUUGAACAUUUGAAGGACCAAACCAGGAAAACGUUGUUGCUUGCCUCAACAACUUCCAACACUGCCGAAAUCCUCAAGUUCAUUGACGUCUUGGAACGACUCGGAAUAGCGUAUCACUUUGAGAAAGAGGUUGAAGAUCAACUGCACCUUAUCUAUACUGCCCAAGAAAAGGCAAAUGAUGAUUUGGAAAUUGUUGCUCUUAAGUUUCGCUUAUUGAGGCAACAUGGUUUCAAGAUUUCCUCUGAUGUUUUUAGCAGCUUUGUGGACACUAACAACAAAUUCAAAGACACCUCCAAUGUGAAGGAUCUGUUAAGCUUGUAUGAAGCUUCAUUCGUAAGAACACACAGAGAUGACCUUUUAGAAGAUGCCCUUUCUUUCACUACCACUCGACUUCAAGCCGCAGCUUCACAUAUGCAAACCUCCACCACUCUAGAAAAGCUUGUGUUGCACGCACUCGAACAACCGCUGCACACAGGAAUGCCAAGAAUCGAAACACGGUUUUUCAUUUCAAUCUAUGAGCAAGAAGAUGACAGUUCACUCAGAAAUGACAUGUUGCUGCACUUUGCCAAGUUGGAUUUUAAUUUUCUCCAGAUGUUACACAAGCAAGAGCUCAGUGAAGUAUCAAGGUGGUGGAAAGAAUUAGACUUUGUGACAACGCUUCCUUAUGCGAGGGAUAGAGCGGUAGAGUGCUUCUUCUGGGCACUUGGAGUGUAUUAUGAGCCUCAAUACUCCAAGGCUAGAGUUAUGCUAGCUAAAAAUAUUCUAAUGGUUUCGAUUUUGGAUGACACAUAUGAUGCAUAUGGUACCAUAGAAGAACUUGAAGUCUACACGGAUGCUAUAUGCAAGUGGGAUAUUAGUGAAAUGGACAGGCUUCCAAAUUAUAUGAAGAUAAGUUACAAAGCUUUAUUAGAACUAUUUGAUGCGGAUGAUGCCGAUCUCUCAAAGACCGAAAGAUCAUAUGCCGUUCACCAUGGGAAGGAAAGAAUGAAGGAACUAGUGAGAUGCUACUUUAUCGAGGCUAAGUGGUUUAUUGAAGGGCAUCAACCUCAAUUUGUUGAAUACUUGCACAAUGCAUUCGUUAGUUGCACAUAUUACUUGCUUGCCACUAUAUCCUGCUAUGGCGUGGAUUCAGCUGAUGAGGAAGUGUUCGAUUGGUUGAUUAAAAAUCCAAAGAUACUCGAGGCUAGUGUAGCAUUAUGUAGAACUAUCGACGACUUAGCGACAUUUGAUGUAGAAAAAGAAAGAGGACAAAUUAUUACUGGAAUUGAAUGUUACAUGAAUGAACAUGCUACAUCACUAGAUGGGGCAAUGGGAAAGUUUCAAGAACUAGCUACAGUUGCAUUAAAAGAUUUGAAUGAAGGCAUUCUCAAGCCAACACCCGUUUCUAGUGAUAUACUCUGGCGCAUCGUAAACUUGGCUCGCAUUGUUUUUGUCACAUACCAACAUAACCAAGAUGGAUAUACUCAUCCUGAAAAGGUUUUAAAACCUCACAUUAUUGCACUGCUUGUCGACUCUCUGCCGCUCUAGCUUAUUAAUAGUUCCUGACUUCCUUCCAUUUGUAAUUUGUUAUAUCAAGAAAAAAUUCCAUUGAUUUAAUAUUUUAUUCAUUUCACUACACUCUCAUAUGAUGCACUUGUGUCAUGUGUGUGUAUAAACUCCCAAAGUUGAUCACUGUAUUUUAUUUACCAUCGAGAAAUAAAUACAUUCCUUUUAAUUUU